GGGUUUCCAUUUAUCCAUUUGGUGUUUUCAUAAAUCUAAAUUAAUCGCGCCUGAUGCUGCUGGCUUAAUUAUGGUCUGCGGACUGCGGUUGAAGGCGGAGGCGAGCAGGGAGAGGUGGAAGGCGGCCUACUCCGAGCUUCCUCCCGGUGCCAAUCCCAAGCUCGCCGAACUUCAAGAGCGUGACUUGGCGGAUUCCGAAGCCCGUGAAGCUCUUCCUGAUGCCGACAACUCUCAACUGAAGGAGACUAGUCAAAAGCGCAGGAAGCUUACCAAUGGGGAGACUAGUCAAAAAAAGCGCACGAAGCUUACCAAUGGGGAGACUAGUAAAGAAAAGCGCCUGAAGCUUACCAAUGAGAUGCAUCUUCAACGGUGCACGAUGCAGAUCUUUGUCAAGAUCAACUGUUCAAUUUUUCGCAAAAACAGAAAGACCCACUGUUUAAAGACAAUCACUCUUGAGGUCAUGAGAUCAAAUACGAUCUACGAUGUCAAGGAAAAGAUACAAGACAAGGACGGCAUCCCUGCAGUCCAGCAGACACUCAUGUUUGGCAGUGAGCUGCUGGUGGACAGCUGCAGCCUGGAGGACUACAACAUCGAGGAGGAGUCCACCCUCACCCUUGACCUUGUUCCCCAAGGGAUGCAUAUCUUUAUCAGGGCACGGAGUGGCAAGAUCAUGACUAUCGGUGUUGAGGGAGAAGAUAGCCUGUACAGUGUCAAGGCAAAGUUUUUCGAUGAAACCGGCAUCCCCCCAGGCAGACAGCGUCUCUUCUUUGCCGGGAAGCAGCUGGAGGAUGGCCGCACCUUGUCUGACUACGACGUGCAAAAUGAAUCUACCUUUCAUGUUGCGUUUCGCGGCAUCACGCGUCGGAGCGGUCAGAUGCGCAUCUCUGUCAGGACGGUGACCGGGAAGAAAGUCAUUGAACGUGCGAUGAAGCGCAGACAGGCCGUUGACAACAUCAAAGCGUGGAUCUACUCUGAGUUGUGCAUUCUCCCGGAGGAGCAGCAGCUCUCUGGCGAGGACGGCGCCCCCUUGGCGGAAGUGAUCCGUCGUUCGUGCAUCGUUGUUCUGCAGAUCCGUCCUCCUGGUGAAUCCCUAAACAAUAUAGAUGCAGAGGAAAAUUGGAUCACUACAACUUUUGCUUGUCUCAUGCAUCAAAUUAUUCAAGGAGAGCACGUCGUACAAGGAUCUGACAGCAAGAACACAAUGUACGGAAGCACUAUGUUUGAUUUUGUUUCAAAUGCUUCCAUCUCAAUGCAACUGAAAGAAACUGUAAGUCAUGUAGAGCUUACUCAAAACGAUUCUGCUCACGAGGACAUCGCAAGAGAUUUUCGAGCAGAGAUAAACAAGUUAAAAGAAGUGGAGGCAGCAAAAGCUACUGAAGCAGCACAAACCCUUCAGCAGAGCAUAGAUGAGCUGCAAGUGGUAGACAGAGAGAAGGAUGACGAGAUUGACAGAUUGAGAGCAGAAGCAGUUGAUGCAGAAAACAAGGAGACUAGUCCAAAGAAGAGUCAAAAGCGCAGGAGGAAUACCAGUGAGUUGCAGCUUGAACAGUGCACAGUUCAUGAUCCAUUGUCUGUCUCUUCACUAGCAUUCUCCACGGUGUCUCUGAAGAUCACACCUGCAACCAUUGUUCACGUAUGCAGUGGGUGCAGAUACAGCAGCAGCAGGUCGCCGGCCACAGCAGAAGCAGCAGCAGCAGCAGCAGUAGCUUGUCGCGGCUGUGGGUAAGGAGAAUAGAGGGAAGAAAAAAGGGAACCUGGCGACGGUGUGGCAACGCCGCCGGUCGCCAGCAGCAGCAGGCCUUGGUGUUACAGGUGACCCAGGCAGCGGCUGCGGGGACUGGGUCGCCGCUCGGGCUGAACGAACAGAGAGAGAGAGGGGAAUAUGUUAGGAUGUGUGCCUGCGUGGCUUGCUGAGUUGGCUGCCCUGUCAGCUUUGACUCGUUCUAAACCGGUUGAUCUUCCCAAAACCGAGUCAAGGGUUGUCUUUUGAACUAUGUUGUAAGUUGAGGGUGCAAUUCGACCGGUUUCAAAGAUGAGGGUUGUAAAUUGAACCGAGUGGUUAUUUCGGGGUUGAAAUGUGGACUUUUCUCUCUGGAAAUCGAGGUGAUCUAAGUGUCCAUGUUACUUAUAAGAUAUUAUAGGGUUUCUUGCUCUGUUUU